GGCCCAGGACAACAGAGAGUGCAAAUUCAACCGCAGCACCUAGUGACUAGUUUCAACACAGGUCUCACAUCCCUUUCAAGUGUUGCAGGCGCUCAGUCUUCCAGUUCGACUCAGUCUGGGGUCGUGGCUAAUUCGGAAAAAUCGGCAAAUGUUAUUCUCGAUCAAGAUGCUCAUCAUUCCUUGGGUCGAGUCAUUAUGCCCCAGCUUGACGGGACUGCUGACAGUGAUGAGGAGGAGGAUUCUCACAAUAUCACAGAGGCGGGGCCAGUUUCCGAAUCUUAUAAUCAAACAAAGCUCGGACUAAGGGCAAAUUCUGACAAUGUUAUUCAAUCUGCUAAGGUACCCCUAUCCCAUCCUACGAUAUAUGCCGAACAAUCAUCGGAUUUGCAUACCAAUCUAGCAACAGAGGCUGCAGCAGAGCUUUUAGCGGACGCUGGCGAUGAAGAUGUGGAUCAGGUGGACCAAAACUCUAGCAGACGAGCAGUAACUCUUAAAUUGAGCAGAGAUGAUAUUCAUGGUGGUAACGAAGCAAAUGAAGAAUUCAACAAACUUGAUGAGGAUUCCGAGGCCUUACAGGGUCAACACGGUAUAGGUCCGAACGGCCUGGCUCCUCAAGGACCAAAGAUCGUACUUGCACCUGGUAAUGCAUACAAAUUCCGAGUGGCUGGCUUGAAUUCGUGUGGCCGAGGUCCCUGGUCAGAGAUAAGUGCAUUCAAGACUUGUUUACCUGGUUUUCCAGGCGCUCCAAGUGCUAUCAAAAUAACUAAAUCAGAGGCGGGUGCCCAACUGACUUGGGAACCUCCACAAAACACUGCUGGACGAAUUAUAGAAUAUUCCGUAUACUUAGCCGUUAAGGCACAUACAGCCACCGUAGGCACAGAGUCAUCCGAUACCAAAAUUGGUUGA